AUGUCCACUGUACUGCCGGAAAGUUUUAUAGAAUCACUACAAUCCAAAAUUUAUUAUAGAACAAAAUUUGAAUCAUCAUUCGAUUACUGCAACGCGUUUACGGGUGAGCAUGGAUUUGAGGAAGCAAGAUCUAAAUUAAAUAAUUAUGAUAAAAUUAAAAAUGUUGCAGAUAAGCUUACGAGGGCUUUAUGUUAUGUAGCUUUUACUGAUGAUGGUGCUGAAUGUACAGAAAAAUGUCGUAACUUGUACUAUUGGUUAGGAAAUGAAUUAUUAUUAAAUAACAUAGAAGAAAAUUUAUUUUCAGAAGUUAUUGGAAUGCUUGCUAAUGUUUCAAAUGCUCUAUACAAGCGCUAUAAGUGCAAAUGUACCUUUUUUGAAAAUGUUACUAAGGAGAAUUUUGCAAAAAUGAAGAUUGUGUAUGAUUAUUGUAAAGAUCACGAUAACAUUAAGAGUACUCUUGAAGAUCAUAAUAAGUGUACUAAAGAAUUUAAUGAUUAUAUAGUUAAAGCUAAUAAUGCUUAUAAUGAAAUAUAUAAUUGUACAGAAAAAUAUUCUCAAGCGUAUUGUAUGCAACUUAAAACACAUGUUUCUAGUUGUUUUGAAAAAAAGUUAUCUCCUUUGACAUGUAAAAUAGAGGAAGUGUCCCCAGAAGACCAAGUUUCAAUCCGCUAUGGUACUGCUUUUAUUGAUCAAGAAUAUGUAAUUAAAGGAUCUACCUUUAGUUCAUCUCAAAUUCCUCUGUUCUUUGUUCUACCCUUUGUCGGUAUUUUCUUCAUUGGCUUCCUACUAUAUAAAUUUACUCCAAUUGUAUUAUGGAUACAUACUAAAGUAUUAAAGAAAAAAUCAAUUAGACGUAAUUUGGAUGAAAUGGAUAUACUGGAAUUAACAGAAUACACUAAUGAACAAAGAAAAUCAAAUUUAGGUAGAAAACAACUAAAUGUAGCAUAUCAUGCCGCAUGA